GUUGCUCGUUCUGUCAGUCCGCAGAAGCUUUGGGGCGCGUGUGGGUGAAGGCGAGGGUGGAAGGGUGGGAAAAUGUCCUCUGUGCCAGACGGCAAGAAAUUGGUGCGCAGCCCGAGCGGACUUCGCAUGGUACCCGAGAACGGAGCAUUUAACAGCCCCUUUUCGCUGGACGAACCGCAGUGGGUGCCGGAUAAAGAGUGCUCGAGGUGCAUGCAAUGUGACACAAAGUUUGAUUUUAUCACCAGAAAGCACCACUGCAGGCGCUGUGGCCGCUGCUUCUGCGACAAGUGCUGCAGCAAGAAGGUGGCGCUGCCGCGCAUGUGCUUCGUGGACCCUGUGAGGCAGUGUGCCGAGUGCGGCCUGGUCUCCCAGAAGGAGUCAGAGUUCUACGACAAGCAGCUGAAAGUGCUCAUGGGAGGUGGAACAUUCCUGGUUACACUCGGCACGUCUGAGAAGUCUGAAUCGAUGGCAUGUCGCCUCUCCAACAACCACAGGUACCUCUUUCUGGACGGGGAGAGCCACUUCGAGGUGGAGCUGUCCCGGAUCUCCAGCAUGCAGGUGCUGACGGAGGGCUCCCCGCCUGGAGAGAAUGACAUUCACACUUACACCAGUCUCCUGGAGAACCCAUAUAUAUCAGAAGGUGGCAGCUCUAGAGCCACUGGGAUGAUUCUUCACUACAAAGCUGCAGGUUCACGGGAUCUGCAGCAGCUGCGCAUGGAAGCCACCGAUGACAAGAAAACGGCCUCCGCCUGGCUGGCAGCCAUGCACAAGGCUGCAAAGCUGUUGUACGAGUCUCGGGACCAGUAACGCUGACCAACAGAGAGAGGGGGAGAGGUGGGAGACCCGCAGGCAUCGCGUGCUCCGAAACGGCCUUGUUCUAUGUACUCUGCUUUCUGUUCCCAGCUGCACUGGCCUGGAUCGUGCCCUCAGACCUGCCGCCCUUCACUGACUCUAGUGCAAUAUAUACCAUUUAAUAAACGCUUUAAAUGUAGUGUCACGUAUUGGAUUUUGUACGAGAAGCUAUUUUGUUAAAUAUUCCUAUUUUAACGUAAGAAAGAUGCAGCCUACAGACUUUUUACUGAUGAAGUAUUUACUAUGUUUUUUUUUUUUGUAUCACUUGUGUACCUCUGUCUUUCUUCUCUGUACUGAAUGAUGAAUUUACUGCCCACUUAGACAAGGUCAAGGUGGUUUUUCAUAAGCAGGUGAGGUUUCACUACUUUAAAAUAGAAGAAGCACGUUGAUGUAACCCUACAUGAGUCAGCUAGUACCGCUCAACUCCGUGUGUUCAAAGAGGCGUGAACACUACUUAGCACGCCCCCUGUGGCUCAUGGCCACUGCAAGCAGUGCAGGGGACCCUUAAUUUGUACAGUACCUGAUCUUGCUGGGACUAGAAAAAAAGCCAUCUUUCUAUUCAGUGUUUCUUACAUAUGUUUUUUUUCUGAUAAUACGUUACAAACUUCUACAAGGGGUCCUACAAGUGUCCACAGAGUGAGUGUUAUAAACAUAAUUUCUGUUAUGAAGGCAUGUUUAAAGGUGUUUCUUGGACCUGGAUGAGUUGUUUUGUUGUGUGUGCUUGUGCUUGACUGAGGCCUGUAAAUAUCUUUGCUCUACUUGAUUGAUUUUUAUUUUAGGAUUUUUUUUUUUUUUUGUAAUACAGCUGUAUAUUCUUAUUCUUCAAAGAAAAUAAAAUGAAUUUGUGUGCAUUUCACUAGUACCUUGAAACGAAGUUAAUCUAGUAAGUCACCUUCUUCUUUGACCAAGUUUUGAUGUGCACUUUUUAAAAUCCAUAAACAUGGACGCUGGAGGGCAAUGACGGUCCGAAGUGUGAAUUCAGUUCAGCAACAUAACAGUUUGAUAUGGGGGCGAUUGCACCCUUUCCCACAAGCAUUUUGUUGUAUUAUAUUUUAACUAUUACCGCAGCUAUCUUGCAGUAAAUUUAUUUACUUUUUCGAAUGUUCGUGCAUAUGUUACUUUUUGUUAUACUCAUCUGAAAUAAAUACGAUUGCUUGUACCUA